AUGUUGGAAGAGCAAGAAAAUGUUGGAAGAGCAAAAAAAAAUUUUGUAUUUAAAGAGCAAAGAGAGGUAAUAAAUGGCAAGUAUCUUGCAACCGUAACAAUUCCUAUAGAAUAUGAAAUAUCUUUUGAAAUUUAUAUAACUUCAUAUUUACAAGUGUGGACAAAUGCAAUUCAUUUUACUAAUUCGAGUGACUGUUGUGAUUACGGAUCCAGAGUUCCAAGUGUAUCUUUUAAUCCUAAUCAAAACACUGCACAAGUUUGCUCAUCAGUAAACGGAAAUGGUGCUUAUUGUAUUGCUACGCAAUCAUUACCAUUGAUGCAGUGGACUAAGAUAAUGGUAAAGCAAUUUUUGAGUAAUGGUGAUUAUUUUUAUUCUGUCUUAGUUAAUGAUGAGACCGUCCAUUCUGUGAAAAACACAAAAGUAAGCUUUUUUGAUAACGUCAAGGUUUUGGUCAGCAAUCCAUGGGUAGUUGCACAACCAGGAUACAUAAGAAACUUGUAUGUACCAAGGCUUAAAGCCGACACCUACUCGUUUUACAGAGACUUAAGUAAUGAAGCCACGUUGUCUAUGUCGGACGUUAUUAAAAAUACUAAUACUCUUAUUAUUGGAGCUGAUGCAAUAGCUACAUAUAUGGAUCCUUCAAAUGAAGCAUACGUUGCUUCUGCAUGCAUUUUUACGUGCUUACAAAACGCUAAUUGUUACUCACUUAGUUUUUCACAAGUUGCAAAUCUAUGUUUGUUAUUCGAUUUAAAUAUCAGAUAUAACGUAAACAUUUUUACCCGAAAUAUAAAUUGGGACAGUUAUGUUUUAUAAAAGAUGAAGUGAAGAUGUAUUAUUUGAUUUUAUUAGCACAAAUUUGUAAGACAUUUAUAUGCUUUCAACAAAGAUAAUUAAGGUGGAUAGUCUAGCUUUUAAGUUAUUCAUAAACAUGGAUAUAUGUUUAAACUACGUAAGCAAAACAAAAGGCUACACAAAACACUACGUACAAGUAGCAAGUGCAAUGAUAGGAAACACGUAUACUUGAAAAAUCACAACCACCUUGAUUAUCUAGCUGUUGUUUUUUUAACUAUAACGCUUGUUAAUGAGUUUUAUUAUUUUAUAAC